AUGGAUCCCUUCAGCAUCACCGUCGGUGCUCUUGGUAUCACCGACUUCGCUAUAUCCAGCAUCGGCCAUCUCCGGGAUUUUAUUAAUAGCCUUGACGAAGCGAAAGAUGUGAUACAAGAUAUUACUUCUAGUUUAGAGGCCAUACAGCGUCCGCUAUCUGUCCUUACAGAACUCACGAUUACUGACAGUACAACAUAUGUCGCAGCGAAAGAGGAUCUUAAGAAGGCUGGUCUCGCUGAAUCGGUGAACAAAUGUGGGCAGGCAUGCGCGGAAUUUACGAAGAAGCUUGAGCAGUGGACGAAACAUUCUAGCGCCACGAAAACUUCCCUCAGAGACCGUCUGUCAAUCGGCUUCUGGAAUAAAGAAAAGAUUAGGACUUUGAGAACGCAGGUCCAGUCUUGUCAGGCAAUCGUUCAGUUUGCAGUUGAUAGUGCUCAGUUGACAAUCCUAGUCCGGUCGGAAGAUGCGUCUAAGAUUGAUCGGCAGGAGACGAAAAAGCAUCUGCGGGUGCUCGAGACUGCCAUCCAGGAGCACAUCGAAACCACAAAGAGGAAGCAAGGUGAAAUCUUGCAGCGGAAGGAGGAUCUAAAAAUCCCAGAGGAUGGAUGCGAUGACGAAGAUGGCGGCGCCCAGCGGACCCUAGCCAUUCAGGAAAUUGACAAGCAGUCGCGCUUACUUGAAGAGGAUCAAACCGCAUCUGGCGUUGUUUCCCAAAUUCUUUCGAAAUUAUCUGUCCAGGAGAUUGGAGAUAACCGUGGUUCGAUCAAUGCAGAGUUCCGAUCUGCCUCCAGAGCGACCAGAAACUCCACCCGCCCUUUAUCAACCGUCCCGUUUGCGCGCGAUCCAGACUUUGUCAGUCGCGAUACACUGCUUCUCCCCGGAUCAAGGAUAGCGCUUGUUGGCCUCGGUGGUGUGGGGAAAUCGCAACUCGCCAUUGAGUACUCCUACCAGGUCCGAUCCCAAUCGCCAGCGACAUGGGUCUUCUGGGUCCAUGCGACUAAUGCGGCCCGCUUCGAGCAAAGCUUUCGGGACAUAGCGGACCAAGUUAAAAUCCCGGAGCGCCGGGAUGCCCAGGUCAAUAUAUUCAGUCUGGUCGAAAAUUGGCUCAGGGAUAAGAAGAGAGAAGUGGGUUCUUAUUCUUGA